AGUAUCAAAAUAUUCUUUACCCUAUUAGUUAUACUCAUGAUGGCACCUUUCUAUGGAUUAAUUUCAAUAAUGUCUAUGGAAUUUCAUGUAAGAUUAAAUUCAAAUAUAGUAGUAAACAGGGUUUAGCAUCCUAUUUCGAAUUGGUUCGUGAUAUUUAUUUGGCUUUUCUAUUAUUUACAUUUUUCUACCUUAUGUUCUCAUACAUGGCAUAUAAUCCAGAAGAUAAACAAUUAUAUGAUGACCGUGUUUAUGAAAUAAUGAUUGAACAUGAAAAAGAAAUACAUCAUUUAUGGCCUGUAAGUUAUUGUACUGAAAGAUAUUUAUUAACGACGUAUAAUAUUAAUUUUAUUUAUUAGAAAGGCUAAAGCAAAAUAUUUCACUUAUAGAUGCAAAAAAUUUGUUCUUUAAUAUUGUGUAGUGAAACCUGUUCUUACUAUUUUAAUCAUAGUUUUACAUCCAUUUCAUCAUAAAUUAUAUGCAGUAACUUUAAAUAUAAUAUUCAAAGCAAAGAUUAAUGUCAAGUUUUGAAUUUAUAAUAAUUACGAGUGAAACAUUCUCACUCUAUUACUUAAUUUUAUUUUAUUAUGCCCUAAAACAUCCUUUAUAGCCAUACAAGUAAACAUUUAUAUUAAUUCUUUAGACCAUUGCUCAAAUUUUUGAUUAUAAAGAUAACGUUAUUUUUUACCUUCUGGUAAUCGUUAACUCUUUCAAUUUUUGAAGAAGAAAUUUCAAGUUGUUUUGAACCAGAUGAAGCCAAAUAUAGCAAUGCUACAAUCAUAAGUGCCAUAGAAGUAUAAAUAUUAACAUUAUUUAUUCAGAAUACUUUAGUUUGUGUAGAAAUGCUUUGCAUGACUCUUGCAAGUAUUUUUGCUUUUACUUACAUUGAUUUUAUUACAGAAGAUGAAAAUAAAGUUGGAACGCUUGGCUAAGUAUUAACAGAUAAUUGGAAAGCAUUCUAACAUGAUUUUAGAUUAAUAAAACCAAAGAAAUUUGGGUAUUUAUUUUUAAUUUGAUCAUAGAUUUAUAUCAAAAGUGCAUGAAAUUGAAAUGCAUAACAAAAGAAUAUCAGGAAAUUAAGAAUUUGAAGUCACAUUAACAGGUGAUUACCAAAGAUUAAGUAAGGCUAUAGAUGUUCAAUAUAUAUGA